UAAAUUAUUCUUCCGAACACCAACAAGAAUUUGAGUAGAAAUGAAAGUGAUAGUUUGUUUAUUCGUGUUAUUCCAAGUUAAAACACCUAUACUGUAUCAAGUAAUACGUGAUGACUCUUUAGAAAAAUCAAGAGAAGUGAUAAAACGUAAAUGAAACAUCUCAAUCGUACCUACAUAUAAUCGAAUAUUAAUACAAAAUGAUACCAUAUUGGCUUCUAAGUUGUUUACUCUACCUAUCAAUCAGCUCUCCCAAGCUGAGUGAAGCCAAACAAAAAGCUACAGUUUUAAUCACAGGUGGCGGCGGCUAUAUAGGUUCCCAUACAAUAGCGGAGAUGUUGGACGACAAAUACUCAGUAGUAGUGAUAGACAAUCUUUCUAAUUGUUACGCUUUUAACGACACAGAAAAACCAGAAUCUCUGAAGAGGGUUGAGAUGCUCACCAAGAAAAAAGUUAUAUUUCAUAACACAGAUAUAAGAGACUCUAGCGGUCUAAAUAAAUUAUUUAAAAGUUACAAAUUUGCUGCUGUGAUUCAUUUUGCUGCUUUGAAAUCUGUGUCUGAGUCUGUGAGAAAACCUGUGGAAUAUUAUGAAAAUAAUGUAGCUGGAACAAACAGUUUGAUACAAGCAAUGAAAAAUAAUAAUGUGAAGAAAUUGAUAUAUUCAUCUUCAGCAACUGUUUAUGGAAGUCCACAAUAUCUCCCACUAACUGAAAAACACCCUACUGGACAAAACAUAACAAACCCUUAUGGAAAAUCUAAAUAUUUUACAGAAGAAAUUUUGAAAGAUCUCUCCUACUCUGAUAAUGAGUGGAAAAUAAUUCUUCUCAGGUAUUUCAAUCCUGUUGGUGCUCAUCCAAGUGGGCUCAUUGGUGAGGAUCCAACCGAUAUUCCUAACAAUUUAAUGCCAUAUUUAUCCCAGGUGGCAAUCGGAAGAAGAAACCACCUAGAUGUAUUUGGUUCCGAUUAUCCAACACCAGAUGGCACAGGUAUUCGAGAUUUCAUCCAUAUAACAGAUCUGGCCAUAGGUCAUUUAAGAGCUUUGGAAAAACUCACUAACCCAGCCUUCAAAGGGUGUAGAGCCUACAAUCUAGGUACAGGCAAGGGUUAUUCCGUGUUAGAAUUGGUCAAAGCAUUUGAAAGAGUUUCUGGGAGAAGAAUCAAUUACAAAUUAACUGAAAGGCGUAAAGGAGAUCUUGCUAUCGUCUAUGCAGAUCCAAAAUUGGCGGAGAAGGAGCUGAAUUGGAUAGCGAAGCGCUAUAUUGACCAGAUGUGUGAAGACACUUGGAGAUGGCAGAGGCAAAACCCAAAUGGUUACCAGUCCGAUCAGGAUGAACCAUAAAGUUGAUAUUUUACCUACAAAUGUAAACUUAUUUAAAUCAUUAGAGAAGUUAGUGAUGCA